GCUUGCCGACUCAAGUAGGGGAUGCCAAUCAAAGCAUCAACUUCAAAUUGUAUCUGAGAGAUCAGCCUGGAAGACCUCAGGGCCAGGCGCGUCAGUCGGAGCGCAAUUGUUGAUCAGAUCACAUCCAGCGGACUCUGCAGCAAGAAAAAAAGAAAGAGAGGAAGCCGAGAUUUUAGAGUGGUUUGCUUUGACUGCUCACCUCUGUAUGUCUGUAGCAGUCGAGGUUUAGACUGAAAACAUUUCCAUUGUUACUCCUACUGGUUCUUUCACUUUUGGUGUUGUCCUCUUCUUGUACACUUUUUUGAGCACCGUUUUCUUUUUCUUUUUUUUUCUUUUUUUUACUUUUUGUUUUGGUCGAAGGAGCUGUGAAACAAAAGAAAUCCGGCGGUUGGAGAUGUCUUUCCCACAGUUAGGCUACCCGCAGUAUCUAAGUGCCUCCCAGGCGGUGUACGGGAGCGAGAGACCGGGAGUGCUUACGCCUUCAUCCCGGGGAGGGAGCACAGAAAUCGGUGGAAGUCCGUCUGCCACAGCGGCGGCGGCCGUCACGUCGGUCCUGGGCAUGUACGCAAACCCGUACGCACACAACUACAGCGCAUUCUUACCUUACACCAGCGCGGAUCUGGCUCUCUUCUCACAAAUGGGCUCCCAGUAUGAGCUUAAGGACAGUCCUGGUGUGCACCCCGCCACUUUCGCGGCCCACACGUCCCCAGCAUUUUACCCAUACGGCCAGUUCCAGUACGGGGACCCCGCCAGGCCCAAGAACGCCACCCGGGAGAGCACCAGCACUCUGAAAGCCUGGCUCAACGAGCACCGGAAGAACCCGUACCCCACCAAAGGCGAGAAGAUCAUGCUGGCCAUCAUCACCAAAAUGACGCUGACGCAGGUCUCCACCUGGUUCGCCAACGCCAGGAGGAGGCUCAAGAAGGAGAACAAGGUGACUUGGGGGAGCAGGAGCAAGGAGGACGGGGAGGACGGAAACCUUUUCGGCAGCGGAGACGAGGCAGAGAAGAACGAAGACGAGGAGGAGAUCGAUUUGGAGAGCAUAGAUAUAGACAAGAUCGACGAGAACGACGGGGAUCAAAGCAACGAGGAUGAUGACGACAAGUGCACAGAGGGAAGCAGGGAGCACAGGGGCGGCGUGGGCGCGCCCGGAGACUUGGACAGCUUGGAGAAAAGACGGGCCUUCGCCCUGCAGGCCCACGAGGCCUUUGAGAAAUCUAAGAGUGCGAUGUCGGUUCACGCAGGGGGCAAGGAGAACUCAGACGGCAACAACAACACCACACGAGUUCUGUCCCCCGACAGACCUGGGAGUUUCCCCCUUCCCUCUAACAAUAAACCCAAAAUCUGGUCGCUGGCGGAGACCGCAACCAGCCCCGACAGUUCAUCUCAGAAACCUUCCUCCCCUUGUACGCCAGGGGCCAACACCACUCACCCAUCAGCGCCCCAUCACCAGAUCCAAGCCCACCCGGCCUUUCUCCCCAGUCACGGACUGUACACUUGCCAGAUCGGGAAGUUCCACAACUGGACGAACGGGGCUUUCCUGGGCCAGAACUCCCUGCUGAACGUCAGGUCGUUCCUGGGAGUAAACCAGCACCAUCACCACCCUCACAGCAACCAUCCCCUGUCGGCCCAGCAUCAACAGCCGACUUCAGUCGUGGUGUCGCCGGUUACAGCCUCAGCAGCGCUCAGCAAUGACAGCAAGGCCCCAGCAGACACCCACAGUCCCAAACAUAUAGAGCACGAAAGAUCUGAUUCACCUCCAACACAGAUCAUGAAGUCCUCAUUUCGUCCUAUUCAUGACAGAUCCUCUCUGCCUUCCAGCGCCAGGAGUCCCCAAGACGCCACGCAACGGGUCCUCACUGCUCUCUCCUCGGCUUGAUCAAGACAUUUGAUUUUGUUUCCCGUGCUUGGACAAAAAAGAAAGAAAAAAAAAAGAGAAAAGAGACUUUACGCUCCGCAGAAAGGACAAUAAGAAAUAAAAUUGCAGUGUAGCAUUGAGUCGGUACAGAACAAAUGGCGUAAUUUGGUAAUAUCCUGUGGAUGGAUGGAUUACUUCCUCUAUUGUUGUGUAGCCUAUACUCGCGCCUAUAAUGUUACUCUCUCUCUUCCACUUUGCCCAGACUGGCUGGGACAUUUUGGUAGGCUUUUUUUACUUUAUUAUUAUUAUUAUAAUAUUAUUAUUAUAAUUAUAAUUAUUUGUCUUCAUUCUGUGUUUUUUUUUUGGUGUCUUUUGUUUAAUGUAAAUACCAAGUGAUUUAAAUUUGUAAAUAGAAAACAUUGAAGGAAUUUGUCCAGAUCGUAUAUUUUGCUUAAUAAACUAAUUGAAUUAUUA